GCGGGGUAGCUUCCGGAGCAGCAACAGGAGAGGCAAAGAUCGGAGGCAGCAGGAGCACUUCCAGGUCAGCCACCCAGCGCGCCAGCCAAGGCCCCGAAGAUUCCUGAGAUGUGGAGAGACUUUUGGGAGCAGAGAGGAGAGGAACUUCCAUCGCCGGUCAGAGCCGGGUUUGGGGUGGCCAGGAAGGCGGAAGAGAGGUUAGAUCGUAAAAUCAAGUUCCUGGUCAAGACCGCUUUUGACCGGCACUUGUUAUUGGAAGGCGAUCUGACAGGGAAGAAGAUGAAGGAAGCAAGCCAUGGAGUACGCUUGGAGGCUAUGGAAAUGGAAAUUCAGGAACUCAGGGCCUUGGUGGCCAGCCAGGCAGCUAUCAUCGAGAGCCUGAGGCAGCAAACCCAGGGAAGGGUGGACAGGCCAGAGAGCAGCAGGCAGGGAGAGCAGAGGCAGUCGGGACAUGGAUUGCCAGGACAGCCAUCUGCAACAGAGCCUCGCCAGAAGCUACCUAUGGGGAGAGCUAUCCUGGAGCCAGACGAGGCGAGAGCCCAGAGACAGGCAAAGAGAGAGGCGUUCGAGUUUAGAGCCCCUACUGAGCUCGCGACGCUGCCAGUGGCGGCGGCAGGCCCAGUCGUACCUUUGGCAGUAGAGGAGGGGCUGCCACCAUUUAGCAGUGAGCCGGCUCAGAGCUCAGCAGAGGGAUCCAUGGGCGUGCUCCUUGAGGCGGUGCAUACUAUGCAGGAGGAGGUGAGUUUGUUUUCACUUGAGCAGAGGAUAGAAGAGCCUCUUGAGAGAGAGAUAGGGAUUGAGGCGGAGAGUGCCAUCGAGAGCAGGCUCCAGAGGAUGGGCACGCCUGAGUAUAAGCCAGAGGGGAUUGAGGAGCAGCCCAUGGCAGUGCCCGGAGAGACACUCGAGAAGAAACCUCAGAGGUUGGACACACCUGAGUACGUCCCGGUAAAAGGGGAUUUGAGGAGCAGACUGGGCUUUUGGGCUACAGGAUCUGGGUCUGGGGGACCGGUUCCUGGGACAGAGCAGCAGGAGGUCUUUAGUACCGCAGUUCCUCAAGCAGAGCAGCAGGGGGUUGUCAGUACCUUGGYAGGAUCUCCUUCGUCACCACCUCCUCAGCCCAGGAAGAAGAAGUUCAAAAGGAAGAUUGAUCAGCUAUGCUUCUACUGCAAAAGGGGCGUGCAUCUGGCUCUGGAUUGUCUCGAGUUCCUUGAGGAUAAGGCAGUAGGGAAGGUCUCAGAGGUAGGGGGUAAGAUGUAUGAUAGACAGGGCAGGAUAGUAGAGAAGUCUGCAGAUGGACCUAGGGCUCAGUUAUAUAGGCAAAACCAAGAGGAGUUGAGGAGGUAGGGCCCGGUUGUCUCU